UGAUGUUUUUGAACAAAAAUACAAAUUUUCCUCUAUCACAAUGAAUUCUUGAUGAUGUGUUGGAAGACACAUCCAUGUGAUCCUUCAUCAAUCAGAACACAUAAAUCUUCCUAGACCACUCAUUAUUCUACAUUUUAGAGGAUUUCUUGCAUUCCCUUUUAUCUAUAUAUAGACAUACAUAUUAGUCAUUCUACAACCAACACAAGUCUAAGUAUAAUUCUUCACUCUCAAAGCUUUCAUUUGUUCUGCAAACUCCUCCUUGUGAUCUUUGUUUCUUUUCUAGUUCGUACAACAUCAUGGGUUUCCGAAUGCCUCGUAUUAUUAAUGCCAAGCAAAUUCUUAGGAUGCCUUCUUUGGCAGCUGACCAAGCUGCUUCAACAGUUCUAAAUGUCCCUAAAGGCUAUUUUGCUGUUUAUGUUGGAGAGAAUGAGAAGAGGCGAUUUGUGGUUCCAGUAUCAUACUUGAACCAGCCUUCAUUCCAGGACUUACUAAGUCAAGCUGAGGAAGAAUUUGGGUUUGAUCAUCCAAUGGGUGGUCUCACAAUUCCCUGCAAAGAGGACAUCUUCAUUGAUAUCACUUCUCAGUUGAGCAGAUCAUGAGACAAUUUUAUGCAUAUAGACACAAUUUUGUAAAGCAGUAGUCAUCAAUUCUGUGUACAAAUUUCAAUUUUGUACCCCCUUUUGUUUUUUCCAGAGAGGAUAUUGGGGAUGAAAAAAAAUGGUCCCUUGUUUCAAAAUAUUAUAAAGUAGAGAUCAUGCUGUUCUUGGACAAUUUCAAAAGCAAAUACAUUAUUUCUUCAAAAUCUUUGUUUCUAUA